AGAAUGCUCGUCUGGUAUAUAUGGUUUAAGGGAAUGUUUUUCUUUGCUAAUUUGCUAAUCUGACCAGAGGCGUUGUGAUGUGUUCAAGGGGUUACUGCUCGUACCACGCGAGAACGUGGUUGAUGAUUAACAAGCAAAUGUUAUUUAGGCCUCGCGACCAUUGCUGGCAGGCUGCGUUUCACUUCCUCCUCAGCAGCUUGCUUCGGCUUCACUAUGAACGCUCGUCACAUCUCCGAGCCCAGGUGGUGUCGUCUUCCUUCUCAAGGCUCAAUGGGUCAGGGUCACCUGAGCUCGCCCCGAGACCACACACCAGCGCCACGGCCACCGCCCGUGACCGGCAUGGAAUGUUCGCAGUUGCGUCCAUCGACAGGCCAGCGAGAGCGAUACUGUCCAGUGUGCCUGCAGGCGGCCAGCUUCCCCGUUCAGACCAACUGCGGACAUUUAUUCUGCGCUCCAUGUUUGAUCGCCUACUGGAGGCACGGGACAUGGUUGGAUGCAGUCAACUGUCCCCUCUGUAGACAGAAGGUGAGCGUCAUGUGCCAGCUGUUUAAUGAGAGCAGACUGGACCAGCAGUCCAAGGACGUUCUGGGCCAAAUAAGCGACUACAACAAGCGCUAUUCUGGAGCGCCCAGACGGAUCCGAGACUACCUGUCCGACGCGCCUCUCCUACUGCAGCUGGCGGUUCGCGGUUUGGGCGCCCUAGGUGGUCUGGUGUGGCUCUUCUUCUUGCGGGUGGCGCUUUGCUGCGUGGGUACCGCUGUCUCCAUGGCCGCCCCGCCGUCGUCAUCGUCUGGUUCCCCAAAAGCGGUCCCGUCCCUCUGCAGCCUCUUGGGGCUGCUGGACGACCUGGUGGUGGUGGUCCUGCUCCUCCUGUGCGUCCUGAACGUCAAUCAUCAGAUGGCACCGGAGAGAGGGCACUCUACAAGCACGCAAGUGGUGGACAGCUAGAAGACCACCCACACAAACCAGCCACGUGCUAGGGUUUACACAUUGUCUUUUUCAAAUUAUGUACAUUAAUUGGCCUUCUUAUUAGUGCCGAACAUCCUUGUAAAUAUACUGUAUGUUUUUAUGUAUAAAAUACAAUAUUUAUUAUUUUCUCCAAUAUCAAACGUCUUUAAUGUUCAAAUUGUUUGACUUUUGUUUUAAUAAAACUUUUAAGUCAUUUUUA